CCGAGCGUUGCGACAGAUUGAAAGUUGCACAAUUUGUUACAAUCAAAACAUUUGUAUGUAACUUUUGAUUACAUCUAAACUUCACGGCAUUUUCUUACUUCUGUUUUCACGAGGACAGUUAUAAUUUGGUUAAUAAGACUACAACAUGGAUAGUGAAGAAAAUACAGAGCCCAACUUGAGUUCAGUUGGUAAGGAUGAGACGGUAUCAAACGAGAACAUAGAACCUUCAAAAGUCACUGUGACAGAACCAGCACCUUCAGUGGUCAGUGACAUGUUGGACGCAGCGUUAGUUAAAACAUCAGAACAGUUCAAAUUUAAUUUUCAAAUUGGCAAAAAUUCUAAGAAAAUGUCAGAAGAAGAAAUUUCAAAAAUAUCUGAAAUGGUUGCAGGAUUAGCGAAGUAUAACGACUGCGAGGAGGAGUUUCCGGACUCUAAUUUAAAGAUUCCCUCAAAGCAGAAGAAAGGGAAAUCACCACGUAAAUCACAAGGAAUUCAAGAGUCUAGCUCACUUAGUCAAUUUAUAGAUUCAGAACUUGCCAGUCUGCAUCCUAGUGAUGGAGGAGACAAAAAUGAUAGGUCUCAGGCUAAAGAUGAUAAAAAGCCUCACAAGACUGGUGUGCAUGUUGCUAGUGUGUCAGCUGAGAAACAGUUGCAGUUUGAAUCAAUGUUAAAGGAGGAUCUUGUAUCAGCCACUGUUGGUGUAGAGGAACUAAAUAUCUCGACUGGUGCCCAGCCUAAAGUGAAAGUUGAAACUGAAACAGUUGAUACACAGCAGACUAAGAGUGUUAGUAAUCAGCAAAAACAAAAAGAGGAACAGAUAAAAGGAAGUCCAAAAAAGAAAGGUGAAAAGAAAUCACCAAAGAAAAAAGGGAAUCAAGGUCAAAGUCAGGCGGGCAACCAGGAGCUGGGUUCCUACUCUCAACUGCUGAUUUCUAUGGGGAAAAGAUCUCCACAGAGGCGGAUUGAAAUAGUUGAGGAUAUGAAUGACACAGACCAAAAUACCGACCAGUUCUUAGGCAAAGCUAAAGGUCAGAAAACAGAAGGCAUGCAGCCUCAAGGUGAAGGUCAGGGGAAGAAAAAGAAGAACAAGAAGCAGAAAGGGAACCAGCAGGCUGGGCCACUCCAGCAUCAAAAUGUAGAGGUAUUUCUUUCUUUUUUAGAGGAAGAGAAGAUGGACAGACCACAGUCUGCUAAGAAAGGUGGGAACAGAGAGAGGCCGCUGUCAGCAAGUAGUGAUGCUGACAAAGGUAGACUCACACCGUCAAACAUAGAGCAAGCGCAGUCUGCGGGCAAAGGCAAAAAGAAGGGGAAAGGCUCACCAAAACCUACCCAGGAUAAGGAUAUACAGAUAGAUCGACCCCCUAGUGCUCAAGGGUCAAACAAGCAGAAAAAGAAAAACAGGCAAGGCAGUCAGGAUUCUGCUGAUAAAUUCCAGCCAGGUAAUGACAGACCUGUCAGUGCAAACAAACAGAAGAGUGGUCAACCAGCAUACAUCAGACAGGGUAGGCCUGAACAAAGACAGCAGCAUGUACCAGUAACAGAUACAACAGAUUCUUACACUGAGAUGACAGUGAGAGUGCCAAAACCUGAACACAUGUACAUCAUUGGACCUCAGAGCCGACAUCUGCACGAGAUCAUGAUGGUCACAGGUGUUGCAGUAUCUGUUCCACCACUGAACUCACAGGGAGAUGAGAUUGUGUUAAGGGGAGAUAAGAUGCAGCUAGGACCAGCUGUUGCCAUGAUGUUCUCUAAAAGUCAGUUGGCUCAGAAUGAGGCUUAUGCAAGAAUGGGAAUGCCAGUAUCACCUCUUGUUCAGGGUCAAAGUCAGUAUCAGAAUGCUAAAGCUGGAGGUCAAGGUCAUAUUCAGCAAGGUCAGAAAGGUCAGGGAAAUAGGAAAAGAGAAUUUCAAAGGGAAUCUCAGUAUGAGUGUGAUGAUAAAAACUUUAGUAUAAAUGUGAAUUUUACACAGAAUACCAAAGAUCAUAAAGUUCAACAUGAACGACAUGUGACCUCUGCCCAUCAAGGUCAUCACCAACAACAAGGACAUCAUCAGCAUCAUCAACAUCAUGUGAUCUCAACACCAGUGCAUCCUAGUCAGAGACCGGUCAAAGGUCAACAUUUACAUCCGCAUGGGCAACAAGGUCAGGGUAAGCACAUGCAAGGUCAAGGUCAUUUACACCAGCAGGAUCAGGGCCUGGUUAAAAGUCAGGGCAGAAGACAGAGGAAAAAGAAGAAUUUGUAUGCUGAUUACUUGCCCAUAGAAGAGGUCUCACAGGGGUUGAAGCGGGGAAUUUUAGUUGAGGGCCCUAUACGUAUAAAUCCAAAGAACUUUGAAGAGGCAUAUGUCCCGCAUCCAGAUGGUAAAUCUGAUAUCUUGAUAUGUGGGACAAAGAGUAGAAAUCGUGCACUCAAUGGUGAUAUUGUAGCUGUGCAACUGAGUGAUGAAGGCGACUGGAAGUUUAAUAAACAAGAGCUAGAAGACCUUGAAAACACGGUGACAGGUGAAAAAAAUGGGGGAUCGUCUCAGGAUUCUGAUCCUGAAGUUGUCAUUGAAAGUGAGGAAAUUGUUGAAAUAACUGGAACUAAGGGGAACAACCAGACAGAAGCAUCCAAGGGAGGCAACCAAAAUGAUAAGUCACAAAUUGAGAAAAAGGGGAACAGAUCUCCAGCAAAGAGAUACACAAGUCUGAGUGAUAUGAUGACUGGACAGAGUCCGGCUAGACACAAACUACAAACCGAGGAAGGCAGGGACGAGAUCAAGAAACUGUUGCAGAGGACGGGGAAAGUUGUGGCAAUCAUAGAGAGGAAACAUUCCAGGGCUUGUACAGGGUUUAUAAAACCCAUGCAAGAUAAGAGUGUAGAGAGGGCACUGUUCUCACCCAUAGACCAUAGAAUACCUAGAAUUAUGAUUCCCACUGACAACUGCCCAAAAGAUUUCUUGGAGAGACCUGAUGACUAUGGCAAAACACUGUAUGUUUGUAGAAUAACAGACUGGAAACAAGACAGCUUCUAUGCUGAAGGAUGCUUAGCAAAGAGUUUAGGUGAAGCAGGAGAGAUAGAACCAGAAACUGAGGGAAUGCUUAUUGAAAAUGGUGUUGACUUUGACGAUUUCCCACAGGAGGCUUUGGACUGCCUCCCACAAGAAAGUCCAUGGCAGAUACCAGAGGAAGAGUUUGAGUACAGGAAAGAUUUCCGUUCAUCUUGCGUGUUCACGAUAGAUCCUGCCACAGCCAGAGAUCUUGACGAUGCUGUGUCGUGUGAAGAUCUCGGAGAUGGAAGGUUCAGAGUUGGUGUUCAUAUAGCAGAUGUUAGUUAUUUCCUGGAGGAGAACUCAGUUCUUGACAGAGUUGCUGCCCUUAGAUCCACAAGUGUCUAUCUGGUGCAUAAGGUUAUUCCAAUGUUACCAAGGUUACUGUGUGAGCAGCUGUGUAGUUUAAAUCCUGAUGUAGACCGACUCACUUUCUCAGUGGAAUGGGUCAUUACAGGAGAAGGAGAGAUAGAAGAGGAAUGGUUUGGCAGAUCAGUUAUUAGAUCUUGUGCCAAACUGGCCUAUGACCAUGCCCAGGGUUUCAUUGAGGAGCCAGAACGUAAUUGGACACAGGAAGAGCUUCCCCCUAUAUCGGAAGGCUUCACGGUAGAUGAUAUCAAAUCUAGAGUGCUUAAUCUUCAAAAGAUAGCUGUAAACCUUAGAAAGGCACGGAUGGAUGGAGGUGCACUGAGGCUAGACCAGUUGAAGCUACAGUACAGUCUAGAUGCUGAUUCUGGAUUACCUAAUGGUUACUGGGUUUAUGAACAGAGGGAUAGUAACAGGUUAAUUGAAGAGUUUAUGUUGUUGGCUAAUAUGGCAGUGGCUGACAAGAUCAACAGAGAGUUCCCUGAUAAAGCAUUACUUAGAAGACAUCCACCACCGCAAGAGAAAAUGGUGGAAAAUCUGAGAGAUCAAUGUAGCGCUCUAGGAAUUCAUAUAGACACUUCAAGUGCUGGAGCAAUACAGAGAUCACUGCGUAGUUACUGUGGGGAUGAUGAUGAUUCUAAGGCCAGGAUGCAAGUUUUAGUUGCAUUGUGUUCUAAACCAAUGCAGAAUGCAAAGUAUUUCUGUACAGGAUGUAUAGAUGAUGAAAGCCUGUAUCAUCACUACGCACUCAAUGUACCAUUGUAUACACAUUUUACUAGUCCUAUCAGAAGAUAUCCUGAUGUUUUGGUUCAUAGAUUACUGGGUGCUUCAUUUGGUUACAUCAGAGAGCCAUCAAGGAGUCCAGGAGAGAUCCAGAAGCUUGCAGACCACAGCAAUGACAAGAAAACAGCUGCCAAAAGAGUCGGAGAACUUAGCAGUGAACUCUUCUUUUCUGUUUUUGUUAAGACUGCUGGACCACUAGAAGAGAAAGCUAUGGUUAUGGGAGUCCUGGAUAAAGCAUUUGAUAUAUUUGUGUUGAAACUUGGAGUGACAAAACGUGUAUACUGUGAUAAACUGCCAAUAAAGGAAAAGAUUUUCAAGCGUGAACGGAAGGUUCCCAGUCUGGUACUGGUGUGGAACAGUGAAGGGGAUGAGCCAGAAAUCAGACAAGAAAUUACAAUUUUCUCUUCAGUAGACUGUAUAUUGGAAGAAGGAGAGCAACCCUUACAAUGGACUGCUGUGAUAAAGAGACCUCAACCACUCCAGUGUACGUGAAGGAAAAUUUGAGACAAUUUUCUAGGUGAUACUGUUUUGCAGACAUUUUGGAAAGACAGCGGCUCAGAAGAGAUAAGCUGUUAGACACAACCAUGACCUAAUAUUCUUCAUCUUGACCAAAUAAAUACUAGAACAAAACUGUUGCCAAGUGAAUAAAAGCUCUAUGAUAAUGUGGAGUAUAUUAAGACUAUAGAUAGUAGUUUUGUAUGUUAUUUGACAGGAUCUCAACUAUUAUUUAUUAUUCUAGGCAUGGUCUUAAAAUCGGAGAAGAAAAAGUUAAUAAGUGAAAUAGCCUGUAAGACCACAAAGAGCUGAUCAGUAGAAGGGGGGCUCCUGUAAUUUUUGAAAGUUGAACAAUUUACCGAAUAUAUCUCUUAGGUUUUACUUUUAAAAUACAUUAACUUUUUACCUGAUGUUAAAUGUUAAAGUUCGAUACUCUUGCAGUUGAACUGGAUUUAUACAAAAAUUUAAAAGGUAAAAAUGAGUGAGAAUAGAAAUUUGCCUUCAUGGCUUAAGAAUUAAACAGAAUGAUUUGCUUGGUAUGGCCUUGUUGAAAAAAAUUGCUUGUUUUUGGUCGUUACAGUCUAAAAGCAGUUUACAUCCUCAUUAUUAUAAUAUGACCUACACGUACAGUAAAACACAGGCAAUCCAUUAUGGGUUGACAAACAUAUGAGAGACACCUGUGCUAAUGUUUAAGAAAGAAGCAUGUUUUAAUUAAUUUUAACAUGAGAAAGAGGUUUCGACAUUUAGCGGAUUAAUUUCUUGCAGGUGACUUGGUGUGUUAAACUAAAAUGUGCUUAUGCUAAAUUUUAUUGUUUUGAUUCUAGUAUGUCUUACAUUAUACAAUUGUAAUAGUAGAUCAAAUAUUGUACCACUGUUUCUUGGUGACGCCGAGUUAGUUGAUAUGACCGUAUUUUUGAAAAAAAUACGAUUUGUCAUUAAAUUUGCCUGUAUUUUAUACUUCAUCUUCAUUGUUGUUAAUGAAAUGCUAGCUCUUUUAUAAAGUGUCGAGUCUUUCAGCUUUAAUAUGAGCCGCGCCAUGAGAAAACCAACAUAGUGGGUUUGCGACCAGCAUGGAUCCAGACCAGCCUGCGCAUCCGCACAGUCUGGUCAGGAUCCAUGCUGUUCGCUUUCAAAGCCUAUUACAAUUAGAGAAACCGUUAGUGAACAGCAUGGAUCCUGACCAGACUGCGCGGAUGCGCAGGCUGGUCUGGAUCCAUGCUGGUCACAAAGCCACUAUGUUGGUUUUCUCAUGGCAUGGCUCAUAUCAUUUUUCAAGUAUUAUUCUAUUUUAUGUGUGGUUGUUAAUAAAUACAUGUCAACGAGGGCACGAGAAAUUCAUAUGUAAAUAUUUGAUGUGUGGUAUUUAUUGAGCAAAAUGUUUUGAGCAGUAAAUAUUAAAAUUUCUCUUUUUAUAUUGCAUGAUUGAUGAAGUUAAGAUGUUGGCUGUAAGCCUGUUGAAAUGAUAAAAUCUGAAGACUAUUUAUUUUGACCAAUGUGUAAAGACCACUAUUGGAAAGUGGAAAAAAUGAUCUUUUCGAGUUCUCAUAAUAGAUAACAAUGUACUUCACUCCAACUUAAUUCACUCAAACUCAAGUUCCAGCAAAAGGACAAAGUUGGACUGUAUUUGUAUGAUAAACAGGAAGGGGAAAAGGUAGCAUAUAUUUAUAGGUUAUGUAGCAGACAGUUGCCUCCAUGGCUGAGUGGUUAUGGUCGCUGACUGAAUCACUUGCCACUCACCUAUGUUGGUUCAAAAUCUCACUUAAGGUGUAGAAUUUUUUAUGCGAGAAAGCCAUCCAGCUGGCUUAUGGGAGGUACGUGGUUCUACCCAGGUGCGUGACAAUUAACCAAAUAAUGCCAUGAGUGCACCUGUAGUUUUUGUUUUUAUUGGAUGUGAGGGGGUCUUAAAUCUGGGUUUGACUGUUUAACAGAAAUUAAUGUCGGCUUUUGUAUUUUGCUGAUUUUGUGAAAGAAGGCAUAAUUUGGUGUAAUAAAUGUGUUCAGAUACCUUAAAAGGUAAGGCACAAUAAUUUGUAUUACUUUAUAUAUUAAACAGAUAUUUAGAA